AUGAGUUUCGUUUUGUGGAUAAUCAUUUUAGAAGAUAUUCCACGAGAAAUCUUCUCUGCAAUCCAAGAAGAAUAUUCUAAUUCUCGUCAAUUCUGCGACGGCGACAUUUACCGCUCUUUACGACAUCAUCAACUCAACCGCAAUAUCAACGAGGCCGGUAAGUGGCAAGCGAGGCUCUCAGCUAGCAAGCGCAAAGACGUGCGACAAUUGCAUGAACGAUAUCCACACCUGACCGAAGCUUUCGACUCGCUGCUUCCUGUGAUAGGACUGUGGGCAGCAGUAGAAAUAGGCACGUUUCACCGGAUUCUGACUCUCAGGUGUCCUGAGGUAAUGUGCAAUAUGCUUCCAUCGAACCAUUGUCACGCUCACAUCCACCAGGAAAUGGUCCAUUACCUGCACCACGUAGGACGAAUUUGGCGCCAAAUCCUGUCAAACGAGCACCUUGCUUUUGUCGACCCUGCCACCGUAGCCUUUCUGGAAACGCUUGCGCCCAAGUUUUCCACACAAGAUAGUGCAGCCGUGCGAAGAGCAAUGCAUGAUAGAGUAAUCUUCCCUCAAAUCAGCCGAGAAAUCACGCGAGGUCAGAUUCUCAACCGCAUCCUGGAAACUCCAGAGCGAAUUCCGUCGCUGUUUACCUUUUUUGAGGACACAAAGUAUUUGGAGCCUUGCGCAAAAGCGUUGAAAUUCCUCCUCCCUCCUAUACAGCCGCGGAGUACUAGCUCGCUUAGAGACACUUUCUCGCGUCAUUUCUCUGUGAGACAGUCACCUAGUAUACCUAUUCAGAAGUCAGAACAAGUCUAUGCUUCAUUGCAUGUGGACAGUCCCCGGAUUGGCGGAUGGCUUGCCUAUAGACAGCUGUGGCUUUUCGCUAUGCGUCACUUCCCAGACUUGACGGAUACUAUCCCACGUAAGGACCUGAGAAAACCAAAACCUACUCAGGAGGGAAAACGAUCAUCUUGCAUACGAUUUCAAUUAGCGGAUCUAGCACAUCGGCUCGGGUAUAAUAGCGAGCAGAUUCAUGCGCUGCGCGACGAGGAUCCGGAUCGGAGCAUGGCGAGAACUUUUCUCUCGCAAAUUCGGCCAACUGACAUAUACGAUUUCAGUGAAGAGGAUCGAGCCGGGCUAGUCGAGCAUAUCUGUGAAGAGAUUCGGAGAAGAUCCUCAGUGAUUCGUAUUGAAACCACCCCAGCAUACACGACAGACGAGAAAGGCCAGCCAAAGUCACAUCGUUGUGGGAGGCCGUUUGAACAGAAUCACCGCAGCGAUCAGCCCUUCUUGUUUUGUGGGAGGCCGUUUGAACAGAAUCACCGCAGCGAUCAGCCCUUCUUGUUUCUAGGAAACAUAUACGGUCAGAUCAAGAUGCAAAGAAGAGAGCAUUUGACUUCUUUCGCAUUUACCAGAGAUAUCUUUAUGGCCUUCUUCGGCGAUAAUGAAGAUGAUGAUAUAUUCCCGGAGAGCAGUGAACCGCCCGAAGACGCACCCGCUUCACCCGCAAAACCGAGUUCACAUAUUGCAUCUCCUUCCGCUGCCGGACCCUCAUCCGUCAUCGUACGGCCCAGAUCAGAGAACCAAGAUCGGAGAGACUCUGUAUUCAUGGCCUCGGGCUUUAAUUCAAUACAUGCAACAAGGAAUGCAUGUGAAAUCCCUACAUCAAGCAAAGCCUCCAACAUAAUUCAAGACCAUCUCAAAGCCAUAAAUUCAACAUCUCAAGAUCAUAUUAUCCUUUAUUGCUGGAGACAACAAGAAUAUAUUGUAUAUGACUCGGAAUCAGAAUUUUCAUUUUACAGCAAGGUAAAAGAUCUAACGAAUAAACACUUCUGGUUUGCCGUUAUUAAGACACCCGAAAAAAUUAAAUAUGUGUCCAUGAAGAAUGCGUGGCAAGAAGCUCAGAAAUACAAAGUGGUUUUCGCAGGCCUCAAGGGGAAAGGUGGUGAUUACAACAAUCUUCCAUUCACAGGGGACGAUCUUGAUCACUUUUUGAAUUACAUAGACCACUUGUAG